AUGGGUUCAUAUCUAACCAAAUUGAAUGUCUGCCAAACUGUUCCCAUUUCGACCACAAGUGUUACUCAUUUUAAAAGCGAAAGACCUGCCAUUAAGCUAUUGCUGUUGGGUUUGGACAAUGCGGGCAAAACUACCACUGCUUUGCAUCUUAUUGGAGAUCCACUCGAAGAUAUCAUACCAACCAUUGGUUUUUCAAAUCUCGAACUGAGACGAUAUGGCAAAUACAGAGUAGUGGUGUACGACUUGGGCGGAGGCGUCCGGAUUCGUGGUAUUUGGAAGAACUACUUUGCCUUAGUUCACGGCAUUAUAUUUGUUAUCGACUCAUCCGAUAUCAGCCGUAUCUACGAAGUCAAAGAUGUCAUCGAAGAAGUGGUCUCUAACGAUAAGAUUUCUGGAAAACCUAUUCUAGUUUUAAUUAACAAACAAGACUUGGAGGGAGCGCUGGAGGAACUGGAUAUCUGUCAAUAUUUAAAACUAGAGUCCCUUAUCAACAAAUUUAAGUGUCCGACAAAAGUUGAAACCUGUUCAGCAAAUAGUCGGCCAGAGAAUGGGCCCAAAACUGAUCCAUCGAUAGAUAGCGGCUAUAAGUGGCUGUUAAGCUUUGUGGCCAAGAAUUGGGAUCAACUCAAUCAACGAGUGGAGAAUGACUCUAAUGAACAGUACAAUCAGGAGAAGAAAUCAUUGGAGGAUAGAGUGAAUCGGUUAAGAAUUAAGAAGUUUGAGGCAAAUGAAGACAAUGACGACGAACUAUACGAGAGUUCAGAUAAUGAAAGACAAUUCUUUGCAAACGGCAAUCCAUUCAAAGCCAUUAAAGAUGUCGUUAAAGAUGUUGACAAACAAAACAAACCUGAUUUGAGUGAUGAUAACAGAAAUAGACUGCUUAUGAAUACCAAUCCAUUGAAUAUUAAUUUGAAUCACAAUAAAACAAACAGUGAUAUUAAAGUCUUGAAUGGAGACAAAGACAAUCUGCCAAAGUAUGGGUCUUCGCCGUCUGACGAGAGCACCAGCACCGGUGGUUACACCAGCAAUGAUGCCACCACUGAUAGCAACGAUAUCUUGACAAAUAGUCGU